UAUUUUCUGCGGUAACCGCCGGCAGGUCCAGAGCAACAUCGGGUGUCGAGCUGUAGCAGCGCGCACGUGUGUCCCCUAACCCGUUUUUUCAGCUCGAGUUCAGCACGAUCGCGAUGAUACACGCGCUUUAGUGAGUGGCUGAGUAGUAAAUUUCAAUUGGAUUAAGUCCUCUCGCCGAUUUUUCGCCGUUUAAGUGACCUAGUUCUCGAUUUGACGGAGUGUCAAGUACCGGUAUGCUACAGGUGUUGAUGACAAGUUAGCAGGUGGUAGGUGGUAGUGCGAUGUCAGUGGUAGUGAGGACAGCUGUUAGUGCCCUGACCCUGUGCGGGAUAGUGUCGGCGGUAUGGACCUUCGGCAAGAGAGAUAUCGUGGAGACGCGAGGGCUGUUCCCGGGGGUUUCCAACGUGGCCGCGAGGGCCGAGGUGACGGCCAACGCGACUUGCGGGGAGCGCGGGCCCGAGGCCUUCUGCAGGCUGAGCUUCAGGAGCAGCAGCUGCGGCGUGUGUGACUCCAGGAGUCCAGACCCCGGCAAGCGACACGCCGCGGCACUCGCGCUGGACGGCAGCGCCCGCUGGUGGCAGAGCCCCACUCUGGCUUCGGGGCCUCAGUACGAGUGGGUCACUCUCACGCUGGACCUGAAACAGGAGUACCAAGUGGAGUAUGUGAUCGUGAAGGCGGGUCCAUCGCCCCGCCCAGGCAGUUGGGUGCUGGAGCGGUCUCUGGAUGGCGAGCUGUGGCGGCCCUGGCAGUACUUCGCCGUCACAGAAGACGAGUGUUGGUCACGCUUCGGGGUUCGUCCUGCACCCCACAACUCCAACUUCCAGACCGACUCCGAGGUCAUCUGUACCUCCUUCUUCUCCAGGCUCAGACCACUGGAAGGUGGAGAGAUUCAUACAUCGUUGGUGAGGGGUCGGCCUGGACUGAACAGCUCGAGUACAGAGCUAGCUAGCUUCACGAGAGCUCGCUACAUCAGAUUGCGUCUCCAAGGCAUGACAGCUCAGAGCUCCAAUAGGUUUUUCAAAAAUGCUGACUUCCCCAAAAAACUAUUCUACACUAUCAGGGACAUCACGGUAGGAGGCAAAUGUGUCUGCAACGGUCAUGCUUCGGAAUGCAGGCAUAGCUCUUCUACUGGGGAGACGGAGUGUGAGUGCCAACACGACACCUGUGGAGCUCACUGCGAUCGAUGCUGUCCUCUGUACCACCAGGAGCCGUGGCGAGCUGGAACAUUAAUGGACGGAGCACCUUGCCAGAAGUGCCAAUGCUUCGGCCAUGCCACCUCCUGCCACUAUGACCCUGCUGUGGCUGCUGCCAGAAUCAGCCUCAACAUCUACGGCACCUUCUCUGGGGGUGGAGUCUGCAAUAACUGCUCCAAGCACACGGCAGGUGUGAAUUGUGAGCAGUGUGAAGCUGGCUGGUACCGGCCCCUAGGAGUGAGACCGGAUGCUGACCAACCGUGUGUACCGUGCAACUGUCAUCGUACUGGCUCCAACGGUCUCUGUGCCAGGGACGACUCACAGGGCAAGCCAGCAGGCACGUGUGAGUGCAAGGUGGGCUACGCGGGAGAGAGGUGCGACUCGUGCGCUCUCGGCUUCCAUAACUUCCCGACCUGCGAGCCGUGCCCAUGCAGCCCUGACGGAGCCCUGGCCACCCACGACUGCGGCUCCAACUGUGAAUGCAAGAGCAACGUUGAAGGAGAUCACUGUGAACGCUGCAAGCCUGGUUACUUCUUCCUGGACCGAGACAACCCGGAUGGCUGCACUGAAUGUUACUGCUCGGGAGUCACCCAUUCUUGUGUCGAGGCUUCUGGAUACCGGCUCUAUGAGGUGAACACACUAGCCAACUGGCUGAUCAGUGAUGCCAACGUGUCACGUACAGUGUUGCCAUCUGUGGAUCCAGACACCGGCCUGUUGUCUGUAGGCAACUAUGAGUUGCCAGGUGUGGACAGCUACUACUGGCUGGCUCCUGCCGAGUACCUGGGCAACAAGUUGACCUCCUACGGAGCCACCCUCACGUUCCGAGUCAGCUGGGUGGUGAUGCGGGGUGACACAAGUGGCAAGCCCACCAUGGGCCCCGACAUCAUUCUGGUGGGAGAGAAUGGAGUACAACUGGGCUACGGAGAGAGCUGGUACCAUCAGAACAACAUGAGCGUGACGGUACAACUAGUGGAGACCGGGUGGUACGAGCUGGGUGGUGGUCCGGUCACCAGACCUCUGCUGCUCAGCGUGUUGGCCAACAUCAAGUACCUGCUGCUCAGAGCGAAGUUCCACACAGACCAAGUGGAGGGUAGCUUGGCAUUCGCAUCAAUGGAGACAGGAGUGCUCGGACUCGGGGGUACCGCAGUAGGCUAUGUGGAGCAGUGCCAUUGUCCUGUCGGGUACAAGGGCUUGUCCUGUGAGCUCUGUGACUUCGGCUUCGCUCGUAUACUGUCUGACGGAGAGCGCCACCACGCCGUCUGCUCAAAGUGCAACUGUCACGGACAUGCAGAGACCUGCAACCCAGUCACUGGGCAGUGUGGGGAGUGUUUACACCACACAGUGGGUGCGAAUUGUGAAAGUUGCGCUGCGGGGUACUACGGAGAUGCCACACUCGAGUCUGCGACAGCCUGUCAACCCUGCGCAUGUCCACUGACUGUCCCCGGCAACAACUUCAGCCCCAGUUGUCAUGCAGAGGCAGACGACUACGUGUGUACUCAGUGUCCACAGGGCUACUUUGGCCGCCAUUGUCAGGAGUGUGCUCCCGGCUACUACGGGGACCCCCUAACCCCUGGCUCUAGCUGCCAGCACUGUAACUGCGGAGACGGACCUUGCGAUCAGCUGACUGGCCAGUGUGUCAGUUGUCAGGGUAACACCGAGGGCUGGCGAUGUGAGAAGUGUAAACCCCUACAUUACGGUGAUCCAGCGUCCUACGACUGCAAACCUUGUGAGUGCAGUGACAUCGGCUCUGUGAGUGCAGAUUGUCACCCUCAGACUGGCCAGUGUGAGUGCAAGGAACUUUUUGAUGGCAGAAGCUGCAACAGUUGUCAUCCAGGCCUAGGCAACGUGACUGCGGGCUGUGUGCCCUGCAAGUGUGACAGUGUGGGCUCUACCAGUGCUCUGUGUGACCCGCUGAGUGGCUACUGUCCCUGCCACCCGGGGGUGGGUGGUGCCGACUGCUCCUUCUGCCUCCCCCGCCACUACAGGUUCUCUGUGACAGGGUGUAGUGAUUGUGGAUGCAACCAAUUGGGGUCGUUGAGUCAAGAGUGUGACAUAGACACAGGCCAGUGUGAAUGUCUUGACAACAUCGUGGGCCGAGCGUGUGAUCAGUGUCAGGUCGGUUGGUGGGGACUGCAAGAAGGAGGGUGUCUGCCCUGCAACUGUGAUGAUAUCGGCUCUGUGAACAGCUCCUGUGAUGCAUCUAACGGACAAUGUUACUGUAAGCCUGGUGUUGGGGGCCUGAAGUGUAACCAGUGCCUUCCUCUCUUCUAUGGACUUUCUGUCUACGGAUGCGCAGAAUGUGACAUUUGUAACAAACCUGGACACAUCUGUGAUCCAGACACUGGACGUUGUGUUUGUCCUCCGUACACUCAGGGGCCAGAGUGUCAGUACUGUCUGCCGAACUGUUGGGGACACCAGGCUGUCAGAGGAUGCAAGCCGUGCAACUGUGAACCACACGGAUCCAUUGGGCUCCAGUGUAAUGAAGUAUCCGGUCACUGUAAGUGCCACGAAGGAUACGCCGGUGCCCAGUGUAACAGCUGUGCCAGAGGCUACUACGGGUUCCCUCAGUGCCGACCUUGUGACUGCAACAGAGCUGGAACCAACCCUCAACAUUGCCCUGGAGGAGUCUGUGUUUGUGAUGACAAUGGGCAGUGUCCCUGUAAGAGCAACGCUGCAGGGAGGAAGUGCGGAGAGUGCAAGGCUGGGACGUUCGGCCUGAUGGAGGAGCAGCCAGACGGAUGUGUCCAGUGCUUCUGCUUCAACAGAACUACGCAGUGCCGAGAAGCUGAGAGCACGUGGACACAGGUGCGCACUCCUAGACCUCGGGCCCUCAGCAUCAUCUAUGACAACAUCACUGGCACCGAGAAUGCUUUCCCUGUCAACACGCAGGAAGUCUGCUAUAUAAAUCUUGCAGUGCCUGGGUCGAGAGGGAUGAGCUUAAAUGGAGACGAGAGCCGCCUGAACAUCACCAACAAUCUGAGGAUAAUCCCUGGAGAUGCGUGGGAUGUGGAGAUUGGAGUCAGCUACCUCUUCGACUCUCCAGUUUACUGGCAGCUUCCAUCCAACUUUCUUGACGACAAGAUCUUAUCAUACGGUGGCUACUUACGCUUCACGGUAGAGACAGAGGGAGGUAAUACUCGACUACCUUCAGCUGUUCUCUCGUCCUACCCUCUAAUACAAAUGGAGGGCAACCACCUCAUACUGGAACAUUAUCCCAUGCAGCUCAGCACUUCGCCUACGCACAGUGUCAGGUUCUACGAACAUUUCUGGAGGAUGAAAAAUGACCCGACAAGUAAAGUCAGUAGAGAAAUGUUGUUGGUGACACUUCAAAACCUGCAGCACAUCCUGAUCAGGGCUUCAGACUCAGUGGAUUUCACCAGAGCUAUAUUACAAGAUGUGACGCUGGACAAGGCAGUGUUGACUCCUGCCGGCAGUCUGCCAAGAGCCCAUGGGAUAGAGCAGUGUGAGUGCCCACCGCAGUACAAUGCCACAUCCUGCCAAGACUCCGCCAGAGGAUUCUACCGUUACCACAACAAGUCAUGGACCAACAUCAUGACCAACGUUAUCGGAGAGUCCAAGCCGUGCCAGUGCAACAACCGUUCGGACAUCUGCGACAUUGAGACUGGGCGCUGUAUGGACUGUUCAGACAACACCGGGGGCCACCACUGUGGGGACUGUGCUGAGGGUUUCUACGGCAACCCUGAUCUUGGUGGCUGCAAGCCCUGCCCUUGCCCUUCUGUUGAGCAGAACUUUGCAUUCCGAUGUGACAUCCGAGCUGGCCAGGAACCCUUUUGUGCCUGCAAGGAGGGCUACACUGGGAAAUUGUGUGACAGGUGCAGCUACGGGUGGUACGGGUACCCGUGGCGGCCCGGGGGCUCGUGUGUGGCGUGCGAGUGUGACCCCAAUGGCAGUGUGAGUGACGUGUGUCACGAGGAAUCAGGACAAUGCAACUGCAGGCCUGGCAUCUCUGGGCGAGACUGCAGCCAGUGUCAGGCACGCCACAUUCUCACAGACAGAGGCUGCUCCAGUUGUGAUGAUGGGUGUACGGGGCUGCUCCUGGACAAGACGGAGUUGCUGGCAGCCGAGUUGGCUGACAAGGCGGGGCACCUGGAGAGUGGGGGACUGGCCCCACCAUGGGAACAGCUGUUUGCCCUGGAGCAUCGUACAAUGGACCACCAGCUAUUGCUGGAGCAGUACAAGAACGCCUCGCGUGCCGUGCAGAACUUACCCGCCAAAAUUGACGAGGAUAUCAGCAAGAAAGUCAAACAGCUUCUCAAUAAGGCGAAGAAAAUGGAAAAGCUGUGCAACACAACAAACUUUAAUGCUUUUGACACCAAAACCGAAGCUGACAGUUUGUUUUCCGAAAUAAAGGAGAUGGAUGCGGAAAACAAAGGCAUUAUUUCUCAACUUCAGGGUUAUGGAGUUGGAGACAAGGAAGGAAUUAGCAUUGCUGCUGCACUGUUUGAGGCAAAACUGCUCAUCGGGGAUAUUCGUGACAGCAACUUUGAACCUCUAAAGAAGUCUGCAAUUGGAGCACAAAAUUACUGUGAGGAAACACUGGCUCAUGUGCAACGGAAUACAGGAGAUUUUCCAGAUGUAGAUUCUCUCAGGGAAAGGCUGACCGAGCUGCAGGAGAGAGUCAUGGAUCUAGAUCUUCUCCUGUCAACUAUAAGAAACAAUGCAAACAAGGCCUCUAAGAUCACACAAGACAGCAGGGAUGUGUUAAAUAACACCAAAAAAACAAUAGACAUGUCAGUGAACAUGGAGAUGGACGUCAUGAAGGCUGCAAACAAAAGUUUAGAACUCAUAAACACUGCUAAAGUCUCCAAUGAUGAAACCAGAGAUGAUAUUACUGGCCUGGAAAUGAUGAGGGACCAGUUGAUGAAUCUGACAAUGGACGCUGAGCAGAAAGAAAGUGAGCUGUCCCUCAUGAACCCAAUAAUAGAAAAUGAGUAUGUUCGGCCAGCUCAGAGGCAUGCUGAAGAUCUCAUGAGGAGGGCUCAGGAAUAUGCGGACCUGUUCGUGCCAACGAGACAAGAUGCAGGGUUUGCAUUACGUGCCAGUAAGGCGUACCAAGAUAUUGUUGAUGCUCUGAAAAGUGCAAGAGAGGCAGCUGACAAUGCCAGUAUGGCUGCUGACAUUGCAUAUGACAAGAUAUACCCUGAAGUUGGAGACUUCUCCAUGAUAGACCGAGCUUCAGCUGUGAGGGCGAAGUCGAGGGAGUUGGGCGGCAUCAUUGAGAGCAAGCAGAGGACUGUGGAUGACCUGCGGCAGAAAGUCGUAGCUCCCGAGGCCUCGGUGGAAGAGCUCAGAGACCUGCUCACAGCGGCGGCUCAUGGAGACAAUGCCAUCUCCCGUGAGCUCCAGAAACUUAGCACUGAUUUUGUGGGAGAAGCGGCAACUGAGUCUUUGAUGGCAGCUGAAGAACUGGAGGACCAAACGAUGCUCUUAAAAUCUGAUGCAGACAGUGUUACCAACAAAAUAGAAAACGAACUCAAGCCAGCGAUGCGCAAACUGACUUCUGAGGGAGAAGAGAGUAUCACUGCAGCUCAGAACAUGAUUUCGCAGGUGAAUGCAAAUGCACGUAAGGCACAAGAUCUGGCCUCGCAAAUCGCAAUGACUGCCCGGCGACAACAAGAAGAGUUUGCUGUCUGGAACAACUCUAUCGCAGCUAAACUGAAUGAGUUACGUAGCAAAAUCAUGCAAGCGAGGCACACGGCUGAUGGGAUCCGGCUGUCCAUGACCAGCAAGAGUGACGGUGGCAGUUGUGUGCGCACGUACCAGCCUUCACACCUGGAGCCCAGCACCAUGAGCUCGGUAGUGCUGACCUACGCCAUCAGCUCCCAGCAGCGUGAUGCCUUGCUCUUCUACCUUCCCAGCAGCUCCUCGGAGGACUUCUUAGCUGUGGAGAUGGUGAACCGUAAAAUGAGGUUUGUGUGGAAUGUGGGUGGUGGUCCUGGUGAGGUCACCCACCCUCUCCACAUCCAGACCGCCGGAGACCUCAGUAAUGACCAACACUGGUACCGUGUAGAGGCAGAGAGAAUCAGCAACGUCGGUCGAUUAUCGGUCCGGCCGCAAGUAUUGCCUGACGGGUCCCCCUUGGCCAGCGGCACCCCGGUCACCAACGCCUCUGCUCCUGGCUCGGGGCGGCUUGACGUGGGCAUGGGCGACCGGGUGUGGGUGGGCGGGGCUGAUAAGAGACCACCACAGCUGCUGUCCACCCAGCCGGGUCUAGUGGGGUGUCUGCACCGCCUCGUCCUGGACGGCAGACCUAUCGGGCUGUGGAACUUCCGCUCAGAAUCCAACAAUGCUUGUACGGCCUGCAUCGAAGGGGCUGAAGAAGUAAAGGACGAGCAAUCGUACACCUUCGCUGGAGACGGCUAUGUCGUACUGCGUCAUGAAAGUUCUAGUGCCUACAACAAGUAUCUCUUCAGCGUCUCACUAAACUUUCGCACAUUUGAUGAAAACGCAUUACUGUUCCUUGCAGUUAGCUCCCAACCAGAUAGAUUUGUAUCUCUAACUCUCUCCCAGGGCCACGUUGUAUUCCGAAUCGGUUACGGUGGAGAUUCAAGUUUAGAAAUUUCCACUGUUAAGACGUACAACAAUGGAAAUUGGACAAGGCUUGAAGCCACUCGUUACUUUGACAGGAAGAAAAAAGUUGAAAAAGGACUUCUAAAAAUGGAAACAGAGUUGAUCGAUGGAGCCCCAACUCCUCCACCUGGCCAAGACGCAAUUCCUGACUUUUUCGGAGCCAACUUCUAUGUUGGUGGAGUUCCCCCUGGGUUCAAGGCCCCCAUUCCCCUCCCUGGGUCGUUCCUGGGCUGCAUGUCUGAUGUACAGGUGCUCCAGGAAGGUUACAACCUUUUGCGCAACCGUUUCUGGGGCGUACAAGGGUCGUGCUCUGAUAAGCCACUCACUGUAGUUGGGUUCCACGGAGACGGAUACCUGGAACUGGCAUCACAUUCGCUCAGGAAGAAGUCCUCCUUCGGGUUCGUGUUUGCUACUGUGCAAGAGGAUGCUCUCCUGAUGCUUUCUACAUUUGAGGGGCUUGAAGGACGUUAUCAGCCUCUCGAAGAUAAUGAAGAACUAACUAACACUAUUGAACAGGAGGACCGACUGAGUUACUACACGGUGAGUCUGCGGCGAGGACAGCUGGAUGUGCGGCUGAACGCGGGGCGUGGUGAAGUGCGCCUGGCCAGUACAGGGUCAGAGUACGCAGACGGAAGGUUCCACUCUCUGGCCCUCAGCAAGACCGGGCGGCGGCUGGAGCUGCGGGUGGAUGACUCUCUCCACGCGAGUGCGAGUCUGCCCGAGGGAGCCACUGUGGUGAAGGCGCCGGGAGCUGCAGGUGGACUUUUCUUUGGUGGACUGCCUCCCGGAUUCAACACCACCGGGCGGACUGUGUCCAGCACACCCUUUACGGGAACCAUUAAGGAUGCAAUAUUUAAUGACCAAUUACUUCACUUUGAUUGGCCAGUGUCAUUUGAGCAUGCAUCUAUAGGUCGCCUCGGCCCAGUGAAAGGUUCUGCAGUCGCUGCCGCACCGGUGAUGGCGGCUCGUGCAGUUUCCAGUUGCCGUAAAGUGACUAGCUAUACUCUGCAGCCUGGAGCCGUAAAGUUCGGUGACUCUGCUUUCACUCAUGUUCAUGUAAACUUCCGCAAAAGGAGCACCUUCCAAAGAAAUUUUACACUGGAAAUUCGUUUCCGCACCUUUUAUCCUGAAGGUCUCAUUUUCAUUGUGCCCGGUGUCAGAGGAAAGCAGCACUUUAUAAUGGUCUCACUACAGAACGGACGGCUCCACGUAGUUUUGAAAGGUCGGAAAAAAGUGGAAAUAUCGGCUCAAGCUGUGCUGAAUGAUGGAACUUGGCAUCAUAUGAUUCUUCAGAAAGAGAAUAAGAAAGUAUUUUUGAAGAUUGACUUCAUAGCUCCUGAGAAGACCAAGGUACCUUUCAAACGCAUGAACGUCGGAAGUGUGAUGUACGUCGGAGGCAUUCCAGACGCUGCAUUGGCUCUGCCCAUGUCAUUGAAAUCAAAGAUAGAAGGAUUCAAGGGUUGCAUGGAAGGGUUGAGACUAAACGGACGAGGGGAGGAUCUUGUAGGGGAUCGUGCUGUCCCUCACAGAGUGGGCCAAUGCUUCCCUCACAUAGAACGUGGUUCUUACUUUCCAGGAGAUGCUUACGCCACCUACAAGACAAACUUUGAGGUGGGAGGGCUGCUGGAGCUGGAACUGGAGUUCCGCACGUCAGAGAUGAGUGGGAUUCUGCUGAGUGUGGCUGAGCCUCAAGGCUAUCCAGCCAUCUCCCUGGAGCUGGAAAACGGCAAGGUUGUCCUGUCUGGUGACAUGGGAGACAGAAGGCCGUUCCGCCUCGAGCAAGGGUUUGCGUCCGAGUUCGCCGUCUGUGACAACCGGUGGCAUCACGUGGCGGCGUUCUACGCGGACGGCAAGCUCACCCUCAAGGUGGACGAUAUGGAACAGAGCUACUGGCUGGCGGACCACGGUCACUUCACUGUCGCCCACACGAGCAGUCCGUUGUACAUCGGUGGUCUCCCAGAGCAGUAUUUCUGGUUUGCAGAUCAUGCACCCAGCGGCACUCUACAGUCAAGAGAAAACUUCAAAGGCUGCAUUCGCAAUGUGAAGAUCAGUGGGGAACACAGGGACUGGACCACCAUGGCCGCCCUACACAACAUCCUGCUCAGUUCCUGUCCACUGCCCAGUUGAUUGUAGCCUUGCCAUCGUCACUGCCAUUAGUAUUCUGUGAUCUGUCACUCACUGCCACAGCCUUCUCCAUCAGUUGGAGCUGAUGGCUUACCAGUUGACUCCGUAUUUUCUACUGCCACUAGUGAUCUGUAUCAUUGUCUUCAUCAUUCCUCCAUUCUUAUUUAUUUCCAUUCACAAUGUGCCAACUUUAUUUUAGUUUAAAUGAUAAUUUGUUAGUAAGUGACACGGUCUUACUAGUUCCAUUCGAAAGUUGUGCCAACUUGUUUCUUUCCACAAACAAUUUCUGAUAUAUAGUACAAUAAUUUAUUUUUUUAAGUGCAUGAAAUAUAUUUUUUAUUAUUAUUUUUUGUCACAGUAACAAUUCAUAAAUUCUAGUAGAAUACGUCACGAAAAAUUAUAUACACUAACCACAUUCACUGCAGGAAAUAUGUUUGCUGAGGACAGUAAUAAAUACUUUCAAACUUUUAUGUAUUAAAUUAUCUUGAUCAAAAUUUUGGUUACAGUUAGUUUUGAACGCUAUUUGUCAUUGUAAUUUGACACAAACCUUUGAAUAAUGUUAGUUUUAUAUAUUGAGAGUCUAAAAUAAUUUAAUCUCAAACCCACUUGGUUAUGUCCUGUUGUUUGAGCAGGUAUAGUUAUAGGCACAUUGUAAUUUACAGGAAAAUAAGCUUCUAUAUUGGUUAGAAUUUAAUAAAAAAUGUGCAAAUAUAAAAAAAAUGUAAUCUACAUCUCCUUGAAUUAAACUAUUUUGUUUUAUUUGGAUCAGUAAUAUCAAUGGGGAGUUCAAUAAGCGACAACUUUUAAAAUUUGGACAGAUUUUGAGUAAAGAAUUGUUACUGAACAAUAACUGUAACUGUAGUUGGCUAUGUGCCAUUCUUUACUUGAUGAACUCAAUGCUUACAUUCCCAGAAAUGGUAGGAGCACUAAAUCAUAGAAAAAUCCUGCAGUGAAUGAUUAGGAUAACGUCAAACAUUACAUUGUACAAGUUUUGAAGAUUAAAUUUCACCAAAAUGAUUAAAAACAAACUUAGUGUAAUGAAUAUAUAAUGGACUGAUAAGUUGUACAUAGAACCGAAUGUUGAAAGAUCCAGGUAGUAUUUUAUUAUAGGAAAUGUGUUAAGUGUUUAAGUAAAUGUUUUAAAUGUGCUUUAACAUUGUGGUAAUUUGUACAAAGUGUAGUAGAGAAAUUGUGAAUGAUUGUAUAUAAUAUUUCAUGGUUGACCAUGAGAAACUAAUAUUUAUUUAAACAUGUAAAUAUACAUUAUUCUGACCAUAAAGUUUCAUCACCACUGACUCUUUAUGAAGUAACAACGAUAAAAUAUUUUCAUUAUAAAUGACUUCAUUCUUGAUUUCAAAAUUAUAAAAUUAUAAGAUACAUAGAAAAUGUAUUAAUAUACUUUGGUUAAACUUUUUUGUAUUUUGUUAAUUCUAGGACACAAAGCUCAUAAAUGUUAAUUUUUUAAUAAAUUACUAAUAAACUAUAUUAUGAUAGGAUAGCUUAUUGUCACAAUAAAAGAGGGUUCAAUAGAAGUACUUAAAUAUUAUUAUUAUAGCAUCAAUAUAAAGACUGCAGGUAUAAGGAAAUUUCAUAAUUAAAGUUGAAUAUUUAAAAAAUGCUACCUGUUGUAUAUAAAUAUAUUAUCCCAGUUUAGGACAAUAACUCAGCCUAUAUUGUGUUUAUAUUAUAUUUAAAUAGUUUUUCAUAAAUUUCAAGAAUCAAUGUAGUUAUUUUAUUGAUAUAAAAUUAAUUCAUUAACACAAAAAUGUUCUUAAUUGUAUUAUCAUUGCUUGUUUUGUUCUUGUUGAUUGAGCUAAGACUGAGAAAAAAUUAUUCUCCUUGCAGAAAGUAAGUAUAAGGAAAUUUACUCAUAUAAAUACUUUCAAUAACACAAUGAUAGUACAUUGAAUAUUUAAAUUUCGAAAAUUAUCUAGUCAAAUGUAUGAUUAAUAUAACUAUUUGCCAUCUAUGCAAACUUGCCAUAAAAACUUACUACACUUUGUGUAAUCGUGAAACAAAUAAUUCUAAACAAUUUAAAAUAUAUCUAUAUUUUUAAACUAAAAAAAAUAGAAGUGUUCAUUAUUAUAAAUA